ACGAUCCGUCCCGAAUGGAACAAAAUGCCACAGCCAAUAAAAAUUACCAUUACCCAGUAUUGGAAUUAGGCAGUAUUCCUGUUAUUGCUAUUGUAGCCGGAUUGCCGGUAAAAUUUGACACUAGCGAAAUCCUUCAGGCUUCAGGCCUCAGGCUGUUCAGUGCUCUAUCACCCAUCGUAGAGGAAGGACGUGUAUGUGAAAUACGAACUUGGUUCCCGUAACACGCGAUCUUACGAUGUUUUGAAUGCACUGUUGAUUGUUUAAUUUUUUCAAUACAUUGGACAUUUUUAUUUUAAACGUAUUUUUUUUAAUUAGUGUUGUGCUGUGUGGUGGCAAAAUGGUGUUCAAUGGAAUUAUAACGUUUUCAUCCGUAUUUUUGUUCCUGUUCCAAGGUGUAACAAGCUUACGCGACGUGAAACUCCUCGUGGAGCCCUCGACGGUCAUCAAAGGAGGAACAGCAGCUCUCAUCUGCUCGAGAGACAUGCAGGGCGCUCCACUGUACUCUGUGAAGUGGUACCGCGGCAACCAUGAGUUCUUCAGAUACACGCCCAAUGAGACACCUGACCUCAAAGUGUUUGGGCUGCCUGGUAUCUAUGUUGAUAUGAACCGUUCGAACGGGACGCAGGUUCUACUCCGGCGGUUAGAGCUGGGCCUGUCGGGCAACUUCAGCUGCGAAGUUACUGCGGACGCGCCCUACUUCGCCACGCAAAUCACCACCAAGUUCAUCGAUGUUAUAGCGCUACCAACAUUACUGCCGGUGCUCGUGACAGACAAAGACCGCUACCAACCUGAAGAAAUGCUACGCGCUAACUGCACCUCCCCGCCUGCAAGACCUGCCGCCAACCUUACUGUUUUUAUCAACGAAGAACCGAUCAGAGCAUCAGAGACAAGUCUUCAGCCAUUUGACAACGGUCUCCUAACAGCCAAAGUCAACGUGGAAGUGAAGGUGACACCAGAACUCUUCCCCGGCGGAAGACUGAGGGUCGCCUGCUAUGCCACAUUGUACGACGUUUACAACCAGUCUGCUAAGCUGGACUUCCUCACACCGGAGACGGAUCCCAGACCUGAAAGAAUAACACUCGGAGGUGGAACAUCGAAGUGCGUCCUCAAUUGGCUUCUCCUGCUGCUUCUCUUCUUCUUACCAAUGAUGGUAAUGGGAGAAGACUACGGCCUUCUCAGUGGGGACUUCCUAGAUAUACCCUACACGUACUAUGACGAAGAGAGUGAAGACAAAGCGAUCAUCUCUCUAGUGGGAGGGUGAAUUUAGAAUAUACCAGACUAGUUAGUAAAUACCAAAUACGAAUCUUGUCCGUGCAGAGGCGUAAACGUGAAUUUUCAAGUUAAUUAAACGUGCAUAAAUUAAUUCAACUCAAAUUCUUUAUUAAUUAAGUUCAUUACUAAUUUAGAUUUAACGAAAACAAAAUGUGGUUUACAGUCCGUACAAAAUGACUUCACACGUGCCAUUUUAACUCUAUGCGUCAGAGGGGUCUCUCCGUCAU